UUUGCUUUCACGAUGACGACGGAAUUCGAUGUCUUCUCCGACGCCCCAGCCAUCGUUGACUUUGACGUUCUCGAGGCAUCCAAGGAGAACGUACAACCUCUUGCUUCUGGCCGCCGUGCCACUGCCCUUUCUGCGGUUCUCUCAACUCCACACGCCCAGCGCGAUUCCCGCCUAGCUGCCACCCGAAAUCGACUCCGCAUCAAUGUUGAGAUCGCACUGGAAGACGAUGAGGACGACCCUCUUGAAGCAUAUUGGCGGCUCGUCAACUGGACGCUAGACAAUUACCCCCAAGGCCACAGCAAUGAAUCGGGGCUGCUUGAACUUCUCGAAGAGGCAACGAGGGUGUUGAAGGACCACAGAGACGGGAUGUGGAAGCAGGAGAUGAAGUACCUCAAGCUAUGGCUGCUUUACGCCAGCUUUGUCGAAAAACCUACGGUCAUCUACAACUUCCUCAUUGCAAAUGAAAUUGGGACCGACAUUGCGCUGCUGUACGAAGAACACGCUGCUGUAUUAGAGAGGGAUGGAAGACGGAAAGAAGCCGAUGGCGCGUACCUUCUUGGUAUUGCACGACGGGCUAAUCCGCUUGAGCAUCUCAAAGCCAAGCAUGCAGACUUCCAGAAGCGAAUGAUGUUACCGGCCUCUUCUCCCCCCACAACUGCUGUUGCUGCCCCGUCAAGGCCAUCUGAAGUGUCUCAACCCAGACGGACCGCCCUUGCAACUACGUCCACAGUCACUCCUGACUCUCUCCCCAUCCGAUCGCCCGCAAUGCCUUCCUCUAACGGCGCUCGCCACUUCCAAGUAUUCGAAGACCCGACCUCGCAGGUUGCCGAAGCUGGUGGAAACGCCUGGCCUGAACUCGGGACACGUAAAACACGUAUCAAGGAAAAUGUCCCAGAGUCAAAGAAGAUGGCAGGGUCGACACUGAGGCAACCUGGGAAGAGUCGCAGGCUGGCUUCGACUACAAUAACUUCGAGUAUCAUACCAUACGUGGACACGGAGGAAGAUCUAAUGCCACCACCACCCACUUCGAAACAAUCCAAGACACAUAGCUCAAUACCCCAAACGCCCGCCAAGAGCCAAAUCCAGCCAUUUAUCGACGAGGAAGUUCCAGCAACUCCCAAAUUUGUGCCGUUCAGGGACGAGGUCGCCGACCAGGCCCCCGUAAUGAGCACUCCAGCCCCCGAAUCUGUCAUGAAGGUCAAAACGACAGCGGACAUGCUUCAUCUUGGGCCACUCUCCGAGGCAGAAGCUUUGCGGCGCGAUCCUCUAAAGAACUACUCUGCCUAA